GCUGUUUAACACGAGUUUAUAAGCAGUGUGGCCUCCCAUGUCAGCUCCUCAAUCAUUAGCGUUAAAGACAAAACAACGCCCGUGACUUCGGGAAAAAAACACACAUCUAUUUUAUGAUAUUUUGCAUUGUUUUUAACGUUAGCUAAGCGUUAGUGAUUAGCACGUUUGGGCUGAGUGAGAGCCGCUGACGUGAUCCCAACUACCCCGGUGACUAAACCACGGCUAUGGAUCCUGAUCGGCAGAAAUGCAGGGAGGAAAUUCAGAAAGCCAUGAGCUUUAUCCAGUCCUCCUUGCCUUUCCCAGAGCCGGAGAGAUAUGAGGCAUUUGUGAUGCAGUUGGUGUGUAACUUGCUGGACGAGGGCAAUUCUUGCUUUCGGGAUGGAGACUGUCGUCAAGCCACCCAUCAGUACGGAGAAGGGGUCAGCGUGGCCCGCUACGCUCAGGCCGAGGCCCUCGUCAUCCCUCACGAGCUGCUGGAGAGCCUGUACGUCAACAGGGCUGCUGCCUGCUACCAGACGAGGGAGUACGAGCGCGGCAUCCAGGACUGCGACAGCGCGCUGUGCGUGUCAGAAGGCAGCCGCCGGGCUCUGUACCGCAAAGCCAUCUGUCUGAGGGAGUUGGGACGCAUCCGGGAGGCCUACGAUUGUGGAACCAAAUGUCUACUCACGGCACCGCACGACAGGCAGGUGAACGAUCUGGCUCAGGACCUGGCCAGUAAACUGGGCCUGAAGGGCCGCAAGGCCUACGUCAGCUCCCAGACGGAGUCCACCGCCACAGAAGGGGAGGGUCAUGGGGAGACCUCCCCACCCACAGGAGAGAUGUCCUCCAAUGGGCUGGAGUCUCUGGGUGACAUGGGACCAGCGGACCAGUCUAACGCGCAGUGCAUCCCCGCUCCUUUGGCCACGCCCAUCCCCGUCAGCGACGACCCGGCGUCCCCCGAGGGGACCCCGUGCACCGACCUGUCGGAGAGCCCCAGCAGCCAAGGCCUGCCCCCCAUGCCGUACUCCGUCCCCGUGUCGGAGCACAUGGACGAAUGCAGCAGCAGCGUCAUCAAGGACGAGCUGGACAGCCUCCUGGAGUGCAUCCCCAAGAAAGUGAGCGAGAGUCCAGUCCAGGGUGCUAUCCCCACCAACCUUUCCAACACGGCGGUGGGUCUCCGGCCGCCAUACUCUCCAAACCGUCCAGCCCUGUCGCCCCAGCUGUCCCCGACCUUCUUCAGCUCCUCCAUCAGUGAGAUGCCCCCACUGGAGUCCUAUGCGCCGCUAGCCGAGCGGGACCAGGGCUCCACCCAGGCGCAGGACGCACUGGGAGGCUUUCCCACGGAUGGAGAGGGGAAGGCGGGAGUCGCUGCUGGCGGACUGGACUCGUUGUCCGAGUAUACUCUCCCUGGGGGACGGAUGUGUCACAGCUUCAUCCCUGGAUUGCGUAACAACAGUGCUGCACAUGCAAACGGUUCAGCAGGAACCAACCUGUCUCUGCUCUCCAGGAAUCCUCUGGCGGUCACUCAUGAGUUUCGGCAGGCCUGUCAUGCCUGUUACAGCCGAAUAGGUCCUCGAGUGAUGGACUACAAGUAUCAGCCGGAGGCGGCACACCGCUGUAAAAGGGAUGUGCUUCUGUGCCGCCUUAAAAACACAGACGACCCGACCUGGAAGAGGAUCCGCCCGAGACCGGCGCGGAACAACUUCCUGGGGGCCUUUGUGCUCUGUAAAGAGGUGCAGGAGCGCCAGGAGUGCCAGUACGGGGAGAACUGCACGUUUGCGUACUGCCAGGAGGAGAUCGACGUGUGGACCCAGGAGAGGAAGGGCGCGCUGAGCCGAGAGCUGCUGUUCGACCCGCUGGGCAGCACCGAGAGGCGGGCGCUCAGCGUCACCCGGCUGCUGCAGCUCCACAUGGGCAUGUUCAUGUUCCUCUGUGAGGAAUGUUUCGACAGUAAGCCUCGCAUCAUCAGCAAGCGCAGCAAGGAGAACUUGGCGGUCUGCUCGAACCUCACAGCGCGACACCCGUUUGACGACAACAAGUGUCUGGUGCACGUGGUGCGGUCGGCCAACGUGCGCUACAGCAAAGUGCGCCCGCUGCACCCGCUCUGCCAGUUCGACGUGUGUCGCCACGAGGUUCGCUACGGCUGCCAGCGCGAGGACAGCUGCUCCUUUGCUCACUCCGUCAUCGAGCUCAAAUGCUGGGUCCUGCAGCAGGAUACAGGUAUCACCCACGAAGAGAUGGUGCAGGAGUCCAAGAGGCAUUGGCAGCGGCUGGAGCAGAACGCACAGAAGCACCAGAAGCCCAUCCACAUCCCACAUCAAAGCAGCGGCAUGACAGCGGGGGGCGUGGGGGGGAUGGGCGGCGGGGGGGGAGACGGCAUCGGUGGGGGCGGCGGCGUGGGCCCGGUGGGGGGUCUGGGGAUGGGAGGGCUGAGCGCGGGCAUCGGGAGAGGGCGGCCCCUCAACCUGAAAAUGAAGUUUGUGUGCGGCCAGUGCUGGAGAGAAGGGCAGGUCAACGAGCCCGACAAGAACCUCAAGUACUGCACGGCCAAGGCGCGGCACAGCUGGACGAAGGAACGUCGGGUCCUGCUGGUGAAAUCGUUCGAGAAGAAGAAGUGGGUGGUUGUUCGCCCGCUGCCCUUCUCCCGCACCUACCCACAGCAAUAUGACAUGUGUGUGCACGUGAUGAAGCAGAAGAAGUGCCACUACAUCGGGAACUGCUCGUUCGCCCACAGCCUGGAGGAGAGGGACGUGUGGACCUACAUGAAGAACAACAGCUUGAGAGACAUGCAACAGAUGUACGAGCUGUGGCUGCACCUGACCAAUCAGAGUAGGCGCACGGAGAGCUCAGCGGUGAACCCGCCCCCCGAGGACAAGCAGGUCACCAUAACAGCGGAUUAUGCAGAAAGCAUGGGCGGCCGGCGGCUGUCGGACGGGGAUGACCUCUGAGAGUUGCCGUGGAGACCGGAGGCAGCUGGUCGCCGUUGAGCCGAAGACGGAGAGACGGGGCCGGCCACACCGGCUGCACCUGAACUGUCUGACCUCCUGUAACAUCCAGCCAGCAAUGUCGGAGAAGGUGGACACGCAACUAAAUGGUUGAGCCCCAUAUGCACACACACACACACACACACACACACGCAUACAAACGCUUCCACACAGCACAUGACUCUCAAAUCAAAGGCACCUCUUUAGAAAGCUUUGUGAGGGGAAAAGGACUUUUUUUGUUUUUAGGAUGAAGCUUCAGUUACACUCGGCACCUUUAGGCUCCGCCCCCUUCCAGCAGAUUAUACUGCAGAAAUUCCACACACACCUAGUUUUGCUCUGACUAAAAAUAAUGAUAAUAAACUAGUAUUCCAUAGUGCUCUUUGGACUGAGAAUCUUGUGUCCACCUGGCGCCACUUUUUAUUUUUUUUGUUCAAACCUUGGGUGGGUGCGCUGGUCGCAGCCCUUAAAUUUAGCUCGGUGAUCAUUUAAUAACUGAAAGUUAAACAAAAAAUAUUUAACUUUGGAGUGCUAAGCCCACAACGCAGAGACUUAAAAAUGAAUUGUAAAAAUAGAUUCUCCUCGAUGAUCUGCCCAACAACCAAAUCCUGCUCUCCUGCCUCUGGAUGGCGAGCGGCGUCACGAAAGCUUUCUGAUGACUGAUUUUGAAUAAUGCUUUUUUUCUUUCUUUUCCAAGGUGGAGUUGCGCUUCACGUUAUAUUGUCUGCCAUAUUGGUAGAACGCUAUGAAUGUAAUGCCUGCACGGGCCUUUUGAAACUAGGAGAUUAGUCAUUUAAAAUAAUGUUGCUGUGAUUGUGGAAUGUAUGCAAGUAUAUUUUCAUGCCCCCAAAAACAAACUUGCAUCACACGACAGCCCCCCCCCCCCCCCCUAGAUAUAUACGAUGGCCUCCUAAGAGCUGGUUAUGUAAUCAAACCAACUUUCCCUUGACGGGACGAACACGGACACAUGACCUGUUACGAGGCCGCCGGUCUCCAGGUGAAUCACAGCAGGACUGAGUAGCGUCCGCCUCGGGUUACUAAAGGGGGGGGGGGGGUUGUUUAACCAACCGGCUGUGGCUAACGGCUCAAACCAAUUGUUGCCAAGGCAACCGAGGGAGCUUUUCACCAUCUGACGAGAGACGCAGAGCGGGUGUAGGAGGCCGAGAGAGAGAGAGAAGUGACUGUUCACUGGGGCAGAGGAAACGCAGAACACAGUUGAUUGUGAGAAUAUUUGGGGUAGUUUUGAAGCGAGGGCGUUUCCACCUCUUCAGUUGAGUUGGGGGUCGUUGUUUCACAGGCUGGGCCCAACAGCCUCAGAUGGACACCAGGGUCCCUCAUGUGCAUCCAUUGGUUAUGUUCCUGAUGGCUGUGUUAACCUUUUUAUUAUGGGAAACCUUCUCACCACAUGUUGUGCCUAUAAACAACACACACACACAUAUACACACACGCACACACAGAGGCAGGAUGUCUGUUCUGGCCUUUUAAUGUGGACGGAGACACGACGGAGAUGCGUCUAUAUUCAGAUACAUAUCCACGCAUAUUAUACAUAUUUACAAGUAAUGGGAUACUAUUAAUAAUAAUUGAUAACUUAGCGGUUAAGCUUAAUAAAUAUAUAACCUGAAAAACCUGUAUUGAUUACAUAGAACUUAUUGUUAUUGAGGUAUUGCUAUAUGACAUGUAUCACUAAACUAGAUGACUAUAGUGGUUUUUGUUUUAUAUGAUUAUUUUUUAUUUUGUCAUUUUUUUCCCUUCUGUGUGGGUUGUUCCAGACCGGGUUUGUUUUUGUUUGUUUAUUAGUUUGUUUGUUUGCUAAAUCUUUACACGGGGCAGAAGGGAAGCGUUCGAGUCGCCCAACUCUUUCUUAAAUUUUGUAAAACAUUUUUUGUUUACUGGAUCUACAGGAAGAGUCAGUGUUUCUGUUCUGCAAUGUGUGGGUCAAAAGCUGCACUUUAGAUUUCAAGCCUUCAUUUAAUUUUGUGGUUUGGCUCAGUGCAAAAAUAAUUAAAAAACUUCAAUUCCCCAAAAACGGUCAAAUCCUGAGCAGAACAUUGCGGUCCUAUUGUUUAAACUCUGGUGUGGAACAGCCCCGGUAUUAACUCUGAGGGAUCAUAUUACUCUGAGUAUUAUGAUGAAUAUAAUGAUGAUGAUCGCUACCUAUCGACUAUUUCUAUUUCUUCUCUAUAUGCUAUUGAUAUAUGUAUGUUUAUUGCAAUGUAUAACUCUCUUUAUAUAUGUAUCCAUGUAAGAAUAUAAUAAUUAACGGUAAAUAUGCGUCUGUGUGAGCAGCGGGGCCACGGCUCUGUCCGGGCGGCGGCGGGCGGGACGCGCCCACAUCGUUAACGUGAGGCGUUUGAGGUUCCCGCCUCCAGGUGGGGACGUCGGCGCUCAGCUCACCUGCGGUAGAAGACGUUUCACACGGUAGAGCUGCUUUAUAUUAAUGUCGUCCUGAGCUCUGUUCGUUAAGAUUUAGGAUUAUUUAGGCACUGGACACGCGAGAAAAGAUAGUUGAUGACUGAAGUACAAUACAUACAAAAUAUAUAUAUUUAUAUAUAUAUAUAUAUCUCCUCAGUGUUGAUCCAACGGAGCCCGCUGCCUGUGCGCUUUAGUCUAAAUGAUUCAUGGGUGUGGAGACAGAAGCAUCUAUAGUAGCCUGUAUACUCCUGUGUAGCGCCUUAUUCGAUAUACUACACCUAUAAGAUGAUACAUGCCCCUAUUUUAUAUUCCUGCUUACUAUAUACAGUAUAUGAUACCUUAUACCUAUUAUAAUACUUAGACACCUGUAUACAGUAAUUUAGAUAAGAGAUGGUGGAGCUUUUUCUUUGUUUUUUUGUGUCUCUGUGGUCGGUGCCGUGUUCAAAAGGUUCUUUGUCAUUCCAUAAUUAUCCAUUCCGGAUAUUCAGCAAAGCAGCCGGGAUGCAAACAGACCACCAGCCACAUGCCAAAACUUAGUAAAUCUUAAUUUUGUCUGGGGGGAAAGAAGAGAAGAAAAAAAGAAGAUGUCUUUUGGUUAAAUAACCACAUGGUGGGAUUUUAUUUUCAAUUUAUAAUUUGCUUCAUUUAAAUAAGGACUGUGGCUAUGGCUUAUGUAAUGGCUGCUAGGACUAGUGGACACACGCACAACUCCCGAUAAGGACAUGUUGGAGUAAAUGGUUAUGGAGGCAUGGUUCUGCUACUUUGUGCGUACACAACUACGAUAUUUACAGCGGCUGCAGUACAAGAAACCUCUAGCACACACACUGCCGCGGUUCUGCUUCUACUAUGAGGUGAUGAUUCCCCAUCUGUGUGUGUGUGUGUGAGGGCCUUAUCAUGCAGACGCAGUUACUUUUGGUAAUAGUCCUGCCCUCUGAUACAGUUGGUCACGUGAUUCCCAGCACCAACAUACACACACACACACACACCAACAAAAAAAUCUUAAUUUAAUCUAAAUAUUGUUUCUUUGAGUUGUUUUCAACGACUGAUGAUGAAACCAGGGUCGUAAGAAGUGGAGAAAAAAAACAAGGCCUCCUUUUUGUACUGUGUUUUUACAUUUUUGUUUUAUGUUUUAUCUCCUUGACUUUGUUUCCUCUCGUUCUCCCUGGUUGGAAGUUCAUGAUCUCAUAAAUGGACCAAAUCUCUUGAAAGCAUUUAAUAAACAAGAUUGUUUUAGAAAAGAAGUUUUUUUUUUUUUUUUUUUUUUCUCCAUUAAUUGAAGAUCACGGUUUACAACUUGGUCAAAUUGUAAUAAACAAUUAACUCAUGAA